AAGGCAAUGAACUGACUUGUGCUACCGCAGUCUUCUUCAGACAGGAGCUACAAAUACUCUACCGGCGCUUAUUUGCUUAUCCCAGGUUAUUUUUGAACACUCAUAUGGCCGAAUUCCGUAUGCAUCCCAUUCAUAGGCGACACAACGUGUCAAACGAUAGCAACUAUGAACGUGUCAUUGAAAAAGCAUCACGAAAACGUUGAGAAAUCAGCUCGUCAUGCGAAUGAAAUGUGUUUUAUUGACUCGAUAUUCAGACACACAAGAAGAUCAAGACAAGGAAGAUGAAGAAGCUCGACGGAAGGCUACGAAGGACUUAGUCCAGUCGUGGAUGGAUCGUCUCCAACUCAUUAGUUUAAUCGUGCGUACCGUUCUCCCGCACGAGAUACCUAUCAAUGUCCUUCAGACGACCUUUUUUGCCUCCGUCGAGGCUGGUUUGCUUCAAGUAUCAACGCCGAGCCAGGGGGACGCCACCUCAGCAUGGGAGCGAGCAUGUAAUGCAGGUCUCCUUGGGGCCCUAGUCGUCCAUGUCACUGCAUCCUUUAUAUCCUUCUUCGCAGCGUUCUUCUUGAUUCGCUUCAAGAUCAUAGAAGCUAACAAGGAAGAGCUUCGAGCAGGAGGCACCGCUCAGCCUGACGAAAUAUGGUGUGCGAAUCCGCGCCUUGUCCAGGCCGGCCCAUUCCACGAACAGCUGCCCCUCGACUUGCUAAACAAAUGCCAUUUAUUGACCAUCCUGCUCUCGGUGUUUGGGUUCGCGCUGGCAUUGAUGGGUAUCCUGUGCCUCUCCUGGGCAACACAGCCUGUGAGCGUCAGCAUCUUCACCAGUGCCUGCCUUUGCAUAUGCCUAGGAGCCACAGCCUUUAUCUUUGGAAUAAACAAAGAUGAAAGUCUGAUAUUUCGUACAUAACCUGUUCUUAUCGUAUGUUCUGAACAUUCAAGUCGGCGCCAGACGCGUCAGAAAGUAACAUCGACAAACAAACAAGCUACAACUUUUUUUUGAAUUAUUCCUCCGGCAGUUCGAUACCAUGAAUGGGGGUCAACGCAGGGAUCCUGCCUUGGUGCCCAUCUAUGCCGCAGGAAAGGAGCCCUUGCCUGCUGGCGUCUCAGAAGAGGAACGGCCCCAGUAUGAGCAAAUGAUGAGAUACCAGACCUACAUGUCGAUGGCCAUGGAGUCCUGCGCAACCAAGGCUGCUUUCGCUGGUAUUGGUGG